AUGGACAACGAUUCCAGUGUUCCCACUAUCCCAGGUAGUGCUGGGUCGCUCCCCCCGCCAUUUGACCAGGUUGAGAGCCAUCUCGGUCGGGUUGUUGUCAUCGCUGUCGAUCAAGCUGUCGCUCGCGCUACUGACAAUUGGGAUGCGAAGCUCCAAACCAUGCGAAUUCAGCUCCAAACCAUGCAAACUCAGCUCAAGAACGAACUUACUGUCGCUAUUAACGACGCCGUCCCUCGGGGACAAGAAAACAGCGAACCUCAAUAUAGGGUGUCAAAAUAA